AUGUCACAACAAAAACAGCAACUUACAGAGAAUCAAAUUAUUGAACAUUAUAAAGAUUUAAAAUCACAACAACAACAAAUUAUAAGUAGAAUUUCAGAGUUUGAAUCAGAUGUAGGUGAAUAUGGUUUAGUUAUAAAUGCAAUUCAAAAUUUAGAAUCAAAUAGAAAAUGUUUCAGAAUGGUUGGUGGUGUUUUGGUAGAAAGAACUGUUGGUGAAGUUUUACCACAAAUUAAACAAAAUAGAGAUGGUAUUAAAGAAGUUGUAAAGAAAUUAGAUGAAAAUCUUUCAAUUAAAACAAAAGAAUUAAAUGAUUUUGUAGCUUUAUAUAAAAUAAAAAUAACUUCACAAUAA